AUGACUGGAGACGAUGCCCAAGAAUGUACCAGUAAAAAGGAUGAAAUAACUGAAGCCCAAUUUUACGUAUAUGAACUCGGCCGUCGAACGCUCUCUUUCCUCAAGGAAGCGAAAAAUAGGAACGUGAUAAUUCUGCAAGCAGAUAAAGGCGGUAAGACAGUUAUAAUGGACAGAAAUGAUUAUAUGCGGAAAGCUUACUCACACCUUGAUGAGAAUGUGAAAAUUGGAAACCUCUUGGUUAUCAACGAUGAUUUCGUGUCUUCGAUCAGGCCGAAAGUUGAAGAACGGUACCAGCAAGUUAUUGAAAGAAUGAAUCCGUACCUCAUCAUCGACGGAAUAAUUAAAGAACCACUGAGGUCCGAAUCUUUUCUAUUACCUUUGUUCUAUGGUUGCCCGAAAGUGCAUAAGCUUAAUGUUCCGUUGCGCCCGAUCGUAGCGUCUCGGAAUGUGAUUGGCGAUUUCUUGUCCUGUUGGUUGUUGCAGAAAUUGAAACUUAUUGCCAAUUACCUUAGCAAGUACAACGUCCACGGUGUCGCCCAGAUUAUGCCUGAUCUUAAGUCAUUUCGGUUGGAGGAUCGACAUAAGUUGUUGAAUUUCGACUACGUAUCUAUGUUCACGAAUGUUGACGUUUCGGCAACCCUUUCGAUUAUUGAUGAACUUUACGGAUUCAUCUCUGAAACCACGGCCGUUCCUGUCGAUAUGUUCUUGGAAUGUUUGAAUUUCUUUAUCAAGGAUUCCACGUAUUUUGGCUUCAAUGGAAUGCUAUACUACCAGACUAAAGGUCUAGCAAUGGGCAAUAAUCUGGCAUAG